AUGGCGAACGGAGCCCAGGAGUCCUCGCCGACGUUGCCGGAGGAUACAAUCGUCAUGGAGAUCCUCCCUUACUUGCCGGCAAAGUCGGUCGGCCGCUUCCGCGCCGUGUCGCGCGCUUGGCGCGCCGCGCUCUCGUCGGCAACCUUCAUCGAACUCCACCUCCGGCGAGCCAACAGGGAUGGCCAGCCCAGGCUCUUCUUCUGCGCUAUUAUCACCACGCCUGUCCGUGGCCUCCACCUCGUCCGCAGCAACAAUGCCGGCUACUACGUUUACAACCCUUGUAUCGGUUCGUCCUUGCUUCUUCCUGACAGCGCAGCGCCACUGAAGAUGAGUCGCCGGUACGAGACAUCCACCCAACCCCAGCCACCGUGUUUCUUCGACGUAUCCUACGGUCUGGGCUACUGCUCGGUCACCGCUGAGUACAAGGUAGUGCGCCUAUUCAGCGAUAGCUACGACGGCGGUCCGCCCUGCUGCGAGGUCUACGUCCUCGACAAGCCGGCGUACUGGAGGCCCGCCGCCCAGCAGCCUUCGGUGUGCAUCGUUUCGGAGGGAGACUCAGGCGUGUUCCUCUGUGGGUAUCUGCACUUCCUUUCCGUCGAUGAUGGUGGCAUUGUCACUUUCAGCGUAAGCGACGAGACCUUCGGUUUGCUGCUCCCGCCACCGCCACCGCCCUAUCCGGAGGAUGACUCCGUCCAUAUGGUGGAGCUACACGGGCGUUUAUGCGUCUGCUAUGACGGUGACCUAUAUUGUAUAUGGAUGCUGGGAGAUCGGAGGUGGGAGCAGCUCUGCUGCAUCGACCUAAUGGUCUGGACGGAACCUGCGCGGAUGCCUGCGAAUGCCAACUGGAUAUCUCCGCUCCACAUGUUUAACGAUGACAAUGCCGGGCACCAAAAGAUCAUGUUCGGGACAGGAAACCGCAAGGUGCUUGCCGUCGACGCUGACGGUGCCGGCACAGUGGAGACCAUAUUCAGGGCGGACGACGCGGGUAGCUUCGCCGGCUGCGCUCACCCAUCGCUAGGCUUGUUCCAGGAGAGCCUCGUCCCCGUGGGACGAACGGUCGAGGAGAUUGUCUUCUCCUCGCCUGCAAAGCAGGCUUGGUUUCACAUCCUCAAGUGGAUGCCGGCACGCUCGGUCGCCGAUUUGAGCUUGGUCUGCAGAGAAUGGCGUGCGAUGAUCAUGACUGAACGCUUUAAACGUUCGCAUAUCAUCCAUGCAAACCUUAACAAGAGCCCUCGUAUCAUGAUCAUAAUUAGUCCCGACAAACGAUGCAUCGAUUUGGAGAACUUCAUUGUAUUAGCUAGAACGCCACCCACGUAUUCCAAUGGCAAAAUCUGCUGGCUAGUAGAUCCUAAUCUUGGACCAGCUUCUCCAAAUUGUGAAAUCGUGGCCUUCGAUGUUCACUCAGAGGAAUUCGAGGUUCUUCAAGGCCCACAGUGCAGCCAUCCCGUCAGGCUUAUGUCUAUCCUCUGUCUACAAGGUGCGCUUUGUGUGGCUUGCUCGAACCUGAGCGUUACCGUAAUUGACAUAUGGAUGAUGAAGGACAAUACUGGGACCUGGUUAAGGGAGUAUCGCAUAGACCUCAGAGAGUUCUCCCCGGAAUAUUCUUCAGAGGAGACCACACCAUUGGGUAUCGACCCAACGGACGGACGGAUUUUGCUCAGCACGGGUCGGUCAUUGGGCUACUAUGACCCCAAGACAGCCGCACUAGAGACCAUCUAUAGUUUGGGAAUAGAGGAGUAUGAUGAGUUCUCUCCUAUUAUCUGUGAUGAAAGUUUAGUAUUCACAUUUGGGCCAGCAUAG